AUUUCCGCCAUCAUCUUCUUCCUUUUGGAAUCAACACCAAGCAGAGAUUUCACGAGACUCACAGCGGAGAGACAAUGGGGGAAUGCAGGCCGCUCGGAUUCUUGCUGGGGCUGCCCUUCGCCCUGGUCGCGCUGGUCCUGUCCGUUGUCGGUGCAGUUGUCUGGGUUCUCGGGACAAUACUGAGCUGCCUCUGCCCCUGCUGCAUAUGCUGCACCGGACUCGCUAAUCUGGCGGUUGAUCUCGUGAAGCUCCCCAUUAGAGUUCUCCGGUGGUUCACCGAUCAGAUUCCUUGUUGAUUACUUUCUCGAAGUCAUGCUUUCCGCUUAGAUCAGAUCUACUCCAAAUUCUUUAUUCGUUCUGCUCCUACUGUACAUAACAUUGUUCUUUUUCUUGUGCUCGGUCGAUAGAUCGUAUGUUUCUCUUGAUUUACAGAUCAUCUUGAUAUGAUACUUUUAUUUGCAGUUGAUUUACAUAUCAUUUAGAUACUGAUGCAAUACUUUUAUUU